AUGGUGAUGGACUGCUUAGAGCAUGCAAAAAAGUGUCAAGCAUGUCAAUUCCAUGUGAAUUACAUCCAUCGAUCUACAGAGUGUCUGCAUCCGACUGUAGCAUCAUGGUCGUUUGAUGCGUGGAGACUUGACAUUGUUGGACCUCUUCCAAAGUCAUCAAAAGGACAAUUGUAUAUCUUAGCUACCACUGACUAUUUCUCUAAAUGGGCUGAAGUUGUACCAUUAAAGGAGGAGAAGCAAAUUUCAUCAUUGCGAAUAGCAGUCCAAGAGGGACUUACAACUGAAAGCAAUGCUCAACUUCGUCUAGCAGAGCUGGAGGCAUUGGAUGAAAAGAGACUGGAAGCACAACAAAGGUCGGAGUGUUAUCAAGCUCGACUUAAAAGAGCAUUCAACAAGAAAGUGCGACCUUGA